ACAGAUCGUCUCAGUAUCUAAAGAUGAACGCCAUAGUUGAAGUCGCCAUCUGUCUUGUUGCAGUUUUAGGUUGUGUGAAGUCAGCUGAAGGAUUUACAGUAAAUGGGAUUGAAGGAGAGAAUGUAAAGAUUGAUUGCACAUAUGAACUUCAAAAUCUGGAGAAUAAGAAGUACCUGUGUCGUGAUUCCUGGCUGACAUGUAAGGAUGUAAUCAGAACUGGCAAGCCUGACACCCUCGUUACUGACGGGAGAUUCUCUCUGUAUGAUAAACGGUCAGUGAGAGUCUUCACUGUGACCAUCAGAAGACUGACACAAGAAGAUGCCGGGAUAUACUGGUGUGGAAUUGAUAAACUGUUGAAAGACAAAUACACUGAAGUGAGAGUGACUGUCAGUAAAGCUCCGAAAAGAACCACCACAACUCAUGGCACACGCUCAAGUACCACCCCUUCCACCACUACUGUGAAGGGGAACACAGACAAUGGACAAACAGGGGAUUAUACACCCAGCAGCCCUGCAGCUCCGAAAAGAACCAUCACAACUCGUGGCACACGCUCAAGUACCACCCCUUCCACCACUACUGUGAAGGGGAACACAGACAAUGGACAAACAGGGGAUUAUACACCGAGCAGCCCUGCAGGUUUGGAAGCGAUAAUUGGUGGAGUACUUGGGGCGAUGCUGUUUGUCUUUGUGACGACUAUAAUAAUAUACUGCUUUACAAAGAAGAAGAACAAAUCUCUGGAUAAGAGCACCACUAUUAAGAAUCAAGGCAGUGCUGUAUUACUGGGAACUAUUCCUAGCACUGUGUACUCUGACACAAUGAACCCAGUGUACAGUGUUACCCCUAGCACUGUGUACUCUGAAAUAGUGAAUGUUACUCAAGCCAACGACAUUGUGUACUCUGAAGUAAUGAAAGUUACCCGAGACAGUGAUUUGAAGACCGUCUACUCCACUGCGGGGUUUGAGGGCAAACUCGACGCUAAGGAAUCGACCAUGUAUUCUGUGAUUGGUGUGUAGGUCUCAAUAAUAAACCUUCUAUGAAAUUUACUCCCCGAUACAGAAAUGGCAAUUUUUUUUUUUUUUCGUCGUCUGCAGUGUUAUAUUUCAAAUGCCUGCUAGCCAGCAUGAAUGCAGUGAGAGUUUUAAUUACUUGGACUUGUGCUUAGAGACUAAGAGAUUUACUUUCUGCUUUU